GUGUUUGUUGUAGCCCCAGCUUCUCCCUAUUCACCCGAUCAAGCGUUAGUGCUGUUAGCCUGCUGCAACACUGCUGCUCCUGUCAUUACAGGAUCUUUUUGUAUGUUGUCAGGUCGCCCUGUCUGCAUUACCGUCUUCAUUAAAAGGGUGAAUUAAGGUGCAGGAUGUACAGCUUUAUGGGUGGAGGGCUGUUCUGUGCAGGCGUGGGGAACAUCCUCCUGAUCGUUUCCACAGCAACCGAUUACUGGAUGCAAUAUCGUCAGUCCAGCAACUACAUGCACCAGGGCCUGUGGCGCUACUGCAUGCCGGGGAAAUGCUUCCCGCACAGUGACAGCAUAGCCCACCUAGACGCAACCCGUGCCCUCAUGAUCCUCUCUCUUCUGGCCUGUUUCAUCGGCAUCAUCAUCGGCAUCAUGGCCUUCAUCCAUUACUCGUCAUUCGACAGGUUUGACAAAACCUUUGCUGCAGGCAUAUUGUUUUUCAUCUCAUGCUUUUUAGUGUUUCUAGCGAUGGCAGUGUACACUGGUGUGACUAUUAACUACUACGGGAAACGCUAUGGAAACUGGAGGUUCUCCUGGUCCUAUAUCAUUGGCUGGGUGUCAGUGGUUCUCACCUUCUUUUCAGGUAUUUUCUAUUUUUGUGCCUAUCGGAUGCAUGAAUGCCCCAGAAAUGCAAACUCUCAUUAGAAGACUUGAACCAUCAUCCAGGACUAACCUGUGAGCUAUGACCAUGGGAGCUGCAUCCUAAACCAUCCACCAUCAACAUGGCUGCACAAAGUACAGCCCCCGUUCAUACCUCUGAACCAUGCAUGGACUGGAAAGUUUAAGUGAUUUCAAUAAAAGACUGUGGAAAUAUGA